AUGGUGAAACUAUGUGUGAUCUGUGGAAACGUGGAUGGUGACAAUAACGUUUCGCUGCACAGAAUUCCAACUGACGGGCGUCGUCUUCAGUGGGUGGAAUUUGUGGUGAACCAAGGGGAUGCACGACGCCGUCGUCUGGACCGCGCAGCGGUGCCAUCUUUGGUAGUCGGACCAUACAGAGAACGAGAAGAUCAUGUGGAAAACGUCGAUGCCGGUGUACAAGUUCCGAGGGAUGAACUUUUGUUGGAAGACAACAUUGAGGUAGUUGAAGUCAUGAUGGACAAUGACAACGUUGAGGUAGUUGAAGUCAUGAUGGACAAUGACAACGUUGAAGCAGACGAAGUCGCGAUGGACGACGACGACGUUGAAAUAGUUAUCGUAAAUGGAGACGAACAAGUAUCAGAUGAUGAUAACUUUGUUGGUGUUUUCGACCUUUCACCACUGUACGACAUUCAAGAGGUUGAACAAAUCGCCCCGGUUGUCGCUAGACUGUUGCUAGACCGUCCGGCUGGCGUUCAGCACCCACUACCGGAACCACACUACAUAGGCGCGUUGAAUUACGUAUGCCGGUAUUGUAGGGCCCGCCACUUUAAGUGCGAGGAAACAAGCCCGAAUAAUUUUUCUACAUGCUGCAACAACGGUCUGAUGGCCGUUUCAGGACCGCGUGUGUUGACACCAGCACCGUAUUUACUACAGAGGUUGUUGGUUGAAGAUUCGGUAGAAGGUAGACACUAUCGAAAUACCAUCCGCCGGUACAACAACACUUUGGCAUUUGCUGCAUUCUCCACCUGCAACCUUCAACACACGGCGCUUGCCAGGUCGGGGACCGAAUGUGUUUACUGUUCAUGGGCAGGGAUAUUGGACGAUAAGUAA